AUGCUUGCCGGAACGCAUGUCUUGGGUGUCCCCGCCGACUCGGAUCAGAACGCCAUCAACCGCGCCUACAGCCUCAAAAAGUAUGCCGCGCGCGGCAACGACGCGGAGACCGCGCGGCUCGAGGCGGCUCACAGCAAGCUCAUGAUGGGCGCCCUCAGCGCGCGCAUCAAGGGUGUGUCUGUGAACAAGGACAUUCUCUACGCGGACCAGGAGCCACUUUUCCCCUGGAAGCCAAAGUGA